UUCGAAAUGUCGGAGUUAGAAUUAGGUGAGAAGGGCGUCGAGAGUGUAUCAGAGGCCGAUGUAGAGAGAGCGUUAGAACAGUUAACAGUGACCCAGACAGAUGGCUCUCAAAAGGUGGACGUAUGGACAGGUGUGUUGUCAGUAAUUAAGUCAGUCCAGAGGAGUUCUCUAGGAUCAGGGAAGACAUAUCUAUCAGCCGGAGUGUUCACGGACGACCAAUUGUUACUCCUUACUGAUCACAACAACCGGAGGCUUGUCUUGGUCGACGAAACCUACACCUUUGUGGAAGAAUUCAAAUUGGACGGAAAACCUACCGACAUCACUCGUGGAAACGAACCUGGCCAGUUUUUUGUGGCUUUGCGAGAUGACGGAAUACUCAGGUGUACAUUUAAUAAUGGUCAGAUUACUAUGUUAAGUCGAAUGACCAGUCCAACAGGAGCAUGGGGCAUUGCUUUCCUUGACAGCACACGUGUAGUAGGUACUGAGAAGUGUAUUUGUGUACUUGGUGCAGAUGGCCAGGACAUCCGUUCAAUGAGCAAGAGCGGUAGCGACACGUAUGUUGCUUUGUCGAAAAAGGAGAAUUCUCUUUACCAUAAAGAUGGGAAUACCAUUAUUGGCCGACACAUGAACGGGGUUGAAACCUUCCGAUACGCGGACUCCACUUUAGUAUAUCCAAUUGGCCUCGAUCUGGAUCAGGAUGGAAACGUGUAUGUGUGUGGACGUAAUUCGAAAAACAUCCACCUGGUGUCCAAGGACGGGUUCAGGGACAGAGUACUCUUGGCCAAACUUGUCAGUAUCACCAAUCCUUACGCCAUUGUGGUCAAUUCUACCAGACAAGAGAUCGUGGUCACAUCUAGCCAGGAAGACACGGCUUUCGAAGUGUACAGGUUUUGUGACAAUAAAUGAUUCAGCAACAGCUUAAGUCGCUUUUGUUCCACCAUUAUCAUCAACUCAGGUUUCUAUUAACGAUUUUAACAUGCACAUACAAUUUACCCUAACUGUGCAUGUCUGUUCCAUAUUUGUAAUUAUUGACUCUUGGUCAUUCAUAUAUCUAUAUCUGUCGGUGGUCAGGAUGACAGUACGCUGUGUCUCGUCGUUAACUUAGGUAAAUGCCAAGUUCUUUAUUGACUGCAGCGUUUUAAUGCUAAGAAGCAGCUUUAUUUUGGGAUGCCAGCGAGCGGUAAACAUCUGAAUGCAUCGCUUGUUUCAACGCCAUCUUUUGGAAACAGUUAAGCCGUUACUAACGAACGAGGUAACUUUAGAAACGGUUAUAUAAAUUUACAAAGAGGGAGAACUACGGCAUAGAUCACAGAACCAGUAUUGUCUUAUGUAUAAUGGAUUUUUUCUCCGUCUAUCGAAUAGUAUUUUGGUAUCGCAAAAUGAAACCAUUUAAGGUUCAUAAGGAUUUCCUUUCUUAAUAUUUUUUCCAAGAUUCUUUUUCAAUACAACCAUAAUAUAAAUAUCGUCACAUGAAAACGAUACAUAUGACAAGGCACAAUAAUAUACAUGUAUGUGGUUAUGAGAAAAACACAAAAUAAGUAAUCAUAAUAUUCUUAUGUAGUUUUACUGGUAACCUGCCAAGAUAAGACGCCAUUAUAUCGCUUAGUUCAAAUUUGAAGAUACAAAUCACAUUUGUACGAUACAAAGCCCAACAGUGUCGUUUUCUUUAAAUAUGUGUCUUCUGCUUUAAACUUGUAAAUUUAUUUUGAAAUUUGAAUUUAAACUGAAGACUGACCCUUGUUGAUAGUUCUUUGUCAGUGAACCACUUCUGUAUGUUCCGAUUCUGUAGCCAUCACAACGACAGAUAGUACUUUCUCGCUGAUGGGAAGGCUAAGGCAUUUUUCUCGCUCGCUUUAAUUAUAACCAAUAAAAUAUCACUUGGUAAUUUCUCGUGCUCUGAUUAUCGAUAUUAUAGUUAGUAAAUAGUUGCCAAAAUAAGUAAACUUUGAAGUCAGCCUGACAGUAAUAUUUAAUCAAAAUAAAGUAAUAUUUGUGUCA